GAUAUUUUAUGUCACGUGAUUCCGACAAGUAGUAGCUAAAAAGUAAACGACAAGAUGUCUGCAAAAGACAGAUUGAAUGUUUUCCCAUCGCGGAUGGCCCUUACUUUGAUGAAACAGAGGCUAAAGGGUGCACAAAAAGGUCACAGCUUACUGAAGAAAAAAGCAGAUGCUCUUACCAUGAGGUUUAGAACGAUAUUGAAAAGGAUUAUUGAGACCAAGGUGUUAAUGGGCGAGGUCAUGAAGGAGGCAUCAUUUUCCCUGGCAGAGGCCAAAUUCACUACGGGUGACUUCAAUCACAUAGUCUUACAGAAUGUAAAUAAGGCACAAAUAAAAGUCAGGAGCAAGAAAGAUAAUGUUGCAGGUGUUCAGUUACCAGUAUUUGAACAUUAUCAGGAUGGUGCUGACACAUACGAGUUGACUGGGUUGUCUCGUGGAGGUCAGCAGAUAGACAAACUAAAGAAGAACUAUGCGAAGGCAAUUCAGCUGUUAGUGGAGUUAGCAUCUCUUCAGACAUCGUUCGUCACCCUAGAUGAAGUAAUUAAGAUUACCAACAGAAGAGUUAAUGCAAUUGAACAUGUGAUCAUUCCCAGAAUAGAAGCAACACUAUCUUAUAUCACGACUGAGCUCGAUGAGAGAGAGCGAGAAGAAUUUUACAGGUUAAAGAAGAUACAGGAGAAGAAGAAAAAGAUUCGAGCCGCUGCAGAAUUAUUGAGUAUAGAACGUAAACGAAUAUUGGGUCUCGCAGAGGAACGUGAAUCUAAUUUAGUAGACGAUGACCACGAUGAGGAUCUUUUGUUUACGGACUAGCAGCAGACAGUCGUUACGUCCCUUGUAGCCAGUUACACAACUGUUUAGUAUAUGUAUAGAUAAUUUAAUGGGUAUCAUUCCAAUGUUGGUUAAUACAAAAACGACUCUCCAGAUGUGAACACAUUACUAGCAAAUGGUAUAUCUAAGACCUAGCUAGUUAUUGGGAGAAUAUUUUCACAUAAUACAUGUGCUUCAAAUGUUUUUUAGCGAUUUGCUCAGAAAUGUAACAUGAAAUCAAGGAAUUAUUACACUAUAAAAGGAAACAACAAAACAAUUGUUAAUGUACAUGUAAGUAUUAUGUGCAUAUAAUUGCAUUUUAACGAGUGUCUACAGACCAGUGACAAGGUAUCUUUUAGAUCUGGUCCUUGUUCGUCACCAGAGCUCAUCUAAGGAGAAUGUUUGUUUUUUUACUGCAUUAGGUUUGUAGAAAAGAUUAGAGUAUGCUGUGAAUGAGAUAGUUUCCAGAAAGGGUGUGUAUUUCAUUGUAACUUUGAGAUUGCAUCUGACAAAGUUUGGUACAUGAAUUUCAUUGAGAUAAGAUUUUUAUAGCAUAGUCAUUUCUUUCAUUAAAAAAUUAGUAUGUUACUGUGAGAACAGGUACACAAGCAUGCAUUCAAACACACUGAACACUUGAUUGAGGAGACUAGAUUUGAAGUAAUCGUCUCAUUGAAUUCAUUUUUGUCAUAAAGUCAAAUUGUUUAAGUAUACAAGUGUAAAUUAUGGUCAUGUUAAAUUUACUAGUCCAUUCUUGUUGUAUGACGAGUUUACUUUGCUGAGCAAAGUUUUAGUUUGGCAGAUUUGUUUAGUGUUGAUUGUGUAGUACUAGUAAAUGAAUGCUUCAUUGUACAUAAUGAUUAAAUUGUUGCAUUGUUUGAAACAUUUGAAAUGUUUUUGUUUCAACAAUCGGAACAAAUGAAGAGUUCAUUUCCAAUUCCCGAGUUAGCAGUGAAGGUAUACCAAUAUUAGUACAACUCAAGAAUUCAACAACAGAGUUUACAUUAGAAUGCAAUCCAUGCUCAUUGAAUAGGGUUUUAAAACUGCUUCACAUGAUAUAUGCUGUCAAAUUGCAUCAAAACCACAUUUUUCUCAAAAUAACGUAAAUGAAUAUACUAGUGUCGUAUUUUGAAAAUGAACUCUUCAAAUAUUAUAGUGCUAUUAUAAAGUCAUCAGCAUGGGGAAGGAAGUGGCAUUUAGAUCAUUGAAAGAAUGUCUAUGAGUGAUUGAUCAAAUUCAAGGAAUUAUCAGCAUAAAAUUUGUAGGUUUAAAAUGUGGUUUUUUGACAUCCUAGAUCAGACAGAAUAGUAACUGGAAUUCUUAGUUAUGGUUUUGGUAUCAGUUUUGUUGCGGUCUUCAGUGUAUUGUGUAUAUAUGUGAUUGUACCUAAUGUAGUAUAAAUCAUGUAAAUAUUUCUUAUGACAAAAAUAUAUGUAUUAUAGAUGUACAUUUUGAUUUUAUUUCUGUCUCUGGAAGACCUAUAUUAAACAUGAAUAAAAUGUAAAACUAUUA